GUGCAGGGAAAUCGGACGGUGGUGAGGCAAUCGUCCUACCUCAUGCCGAUAGCUCGCUACUGGACUGUGCAAUCUCGAGGCUACUAUUGAGGCUCCUUGAAGUUAAUACUGGUCAUCCUACCUAGGCCGUAGUAGGUUCUUCCUUCCCACACAUUCGCCAUUGCUGCUGUUUUUUCGGGACUUCAUAUCGCGUUCUCGCUAGAGUAGGAAACUGUACUUGUGGUAAGUUGUGUGUAUUCAGUGUUCGUGUGUCACCGUCUCGGGAGCAGCAUUUCACGGAAACAGCUUCGGAAGAUACCUUGCAGUAGACCCGUGGCGAGAGGUAAUAUCUAGGGUUGUUACCCAAAGCAACCCGCACGAGCCCGCGAGCGAGCGAGAUAGUUAACGACUUGAAAAUGGAGAGACGGUUUCGUCCGCGUUUCAGGCGGCGGAGACAUUGAGCCGUGGCGUACAGCAUGUGCUUGUAACGAGGCACUCACGGGACAUGGCUUCGUGAUUAGCGAUCGAGGAAACAAACGGCAAACCGGUGCUGGCGGAGUGGUUUAGAGUGGCAUUCUUGUAAAAAAGACAGACUGGCAUGCCAGGAUACAAACAAAGAGACCUACGUACUAUGUACUAGUAGUCCAUAAGCAGACUACACUAGCACGCAAAUGGGCCUCGGCCGAGAUACCGGGACCACAAGCAGCAGCAGCAGCAGCGGCAGCAGCAGCAGCAGCAGCAGCAGCAGCAAUGGCAGUAACGGCAGCGGGGGUGUUUCUUUCUUCGGAGCGGUUAAGUCCAUGUUUGAUACGUCUCAAAGAGCGGCUAAGACGGUAGUAGUAGAAGAGGGCGACACGCUCUGGGAUCUCUCCGUGAAAUUCGGCGUGGAUUGCGAGCAGCUGCAGGCGUUUAAUAAGCUCAAGUCGGAUAUUAUUUACUCGGGCGACGUCCUUAAUAUCCCCAUCUCCCCCUCCCGCGUGUCGCUCUCCACACCCCCAUUGCCCACCUCUUCUCAAGCAACCGCGUCGCCUUCCUCUUCCUCCUCCGAACCCCCCUAUUCGCGGGAGCCUCCUCAGGCGUGCACACGUGUCACCACUUCUGCGUCGUCCGGCGAUAACAGCCCCAAGGGUCUUCGCGACAGCAGUGGUAACAGCGGUAACAGCGGUAACAGCAGCGACAGCGGCAACAGCAGCAAAAAUGGUAACAGCGGCAACAGCAGCAGCAUCGGUAUCAGCGGGAACAGCAGAAGCAGCGAGAACAGCAGCAGCAGCAGCGGGAGCGGGAGCGGGAUCGGGAGCGGGGGGAGCAGCUCUAAUGCCGCUGCUACGGGCAAGAAGCAGAUUAAGACCAAACCAGUGGUGGUCCGCGACGGCGACACGGCAUGGGACAUCUCCCUGCGCUUCGGGCUCACUCUAGACGACCUAUUGUCUCUUAACUCACACAUCCCGGACCCCCUGUACCCGGGCGACCAGCUGCUGCUGCCUGCUGACGCCGUGGAGCGACCGAGAGCGCUGGUGGCGCUGGCAGGAGUUAAGGCGAAGGUGAAAGGGACCAUGAGGAAUGCUAACUUCUGGGACGUGUUUCCGCCACCCAGGAACAUAGACGCCUACCGCCACCGCUACCGCGUGCUGCUGGACGCCAUGCGAUACGUGGAAACGAGCUUCAUUGAACCCGCUCCUGUCGGGGACGACGGGCUCUCCAUCGGCCCUCUGCAGAUCAGCAACGAUUACCACACGGACGCGUGGUGGCUGGAGCACCGCCCGCCGCUCUGCUACGAGGACUGCCAUUGGUCGGUGGAGCACAGCGAGCGCACCGUCAUCAACUACUGGCUGCGCUACUGCCCCUGGUCCCUGGAGUUCCACGACCAUGAGACGCUCGCCCGCACGCACAAUGGGGGCCCGGGGUUUUACCGAUACAUCAAGACAGCCACUUACUGGCGCAAGGUAAAGAGCGCAAUGCGGCAUGCGGGAUGGUUCCGAGUCAUGCCCGAAUUUGACCCGCAUCUAUCAUCGGCACACCUCCACCCGCACGGCAUUCUUCCCUUGUUCCAAAAGCACUUUCCGUUGACCAUAGCCAUGUUGGAACCAGAGCCUUCUCCAGGACAGCAUCAAAGCUAAUGCCGGCUUUUCCGUUUAAUCAUCACUACUAGAAAGGGCUGCGGUGAAGCGCAAUCUAAUUUGGAGAAGAAAAUGCUGUCUAUUCAAUGGACUUAAACGCCCAUAUGGAUUCAAUUAUAUGCCUAUAUAUUAUGUUGAAUGCAUUUUGAAUGAGAGUUUCGUUUGUUUGUCGAGAUA